AUUUUAGAGCGGACCAAACCGGAUGGAGGUCGGGUGCCCUCUUCCGCCCGUGUUCCGGUUCACUGAGACCCCGCUUCUGAGUGCGGUGGGUACGCGUCGUCCUUUGGCGCAGGCGCGGUGUGCGGUCCACGCUCGCUGCUAUGCCCGCCGGGCACGUCUCGCGGGUCCGCGCCUUGUAUCGGCGCAUCUUGCUGCUGCACCGGGGUCUGCCCCCAGACCUCAAAGCCCUUGGUGACCAUUACGUGAAGGACGAGUUUAGGAGACAUAAGACCGUUGGUUCUGACGAGGCCCGGCGUUUCUUGCAGGAAUGGGAGGUAUAUGCAGCAGUACUAUGGCAACAAACUAAUGAAAACCAACAAAAUUCAGCAGAAAGAGUAUGUUUUGGAGCUGCCCUACCGGAAGAAAAACUUAAUGACUUUCGUGAUGAACAGAUUGGACAGCUGCAGGAGCUGAUGCAAGAAGCUACUAAACCUAACAGACAAUUUAGUGUCACUGAAUCUAGGAAACCAGAAUUUUAGUCUAUACAAUAAAGCUUCAGCAUUUUAAGUUCAGAACCCCUUAUUUUAACUCCUAGGGUUUCUAAAAAUGUAUUUUUCAGCUUUUAGGCUUUGGAAUGCCUACUGUUCAUAAAAUAUUCUUUAAUUUGGGGAUCUUAUUAAUGCUGUCUACAAUCUGUAGGUCAAUGUGACUAGUAGACAAACUUCAUAUGAUUGAGGUAACAGUACUUGCUGGAUGGGACUUGAUUUUUUGACUAAACAAGAAAGAAUGACUCAAAAAUGGACAGAGUUGUCCAUUUUUUAAAAAAUUUCAUGCUGUUCUUGUUCAAGCAUUAGCCUUAUGGCUUUGGCUUCAACAGACAAGUAUGUUAUGAAAACGACAGAUGUGGAAUUCCAGCAAGGUUAUUAUUUACCUACAUGGACUGUCAUCCUGUAAGUUUCUUCAUUUCUGUCUUAAUAAUACAUGUAUAGAUAAUUCAUGUAAAUAUGCCUUCUCCCUGAGUCAUUGUUUAUAUACAAUGAAAGGUUAAAAAGAAGUUUUAAGAGUCAGUAUUAUACAUUGUGCAGUGUUUAUUAAUAACAAGUGACCCCUUAAAUUAUGUAAUUUGUAGUUACCUUUAGAAUCUCAUUUAUUGCCUCACUGUUGGGGAGAUAAAAACACUUUCAUAAAUUUGUAUUGUUAUAAACGGAAAAAAUCAAGUGGUAAUCCCA